AUGGUUUGCCAACUUGGUAUCAAUGGUUUCGGUCGUAUCGGCCGUCUUGUUUUCCGUGCCGCCAUGGAGAACCCUGAGGUCAAGGUCGUUGCUGUCAACGAUCCCUUCAUGAACAUCCCCUACAUGCAGUACCUCCUCAAGUACGAUUCUGUUCACGGCCAGUUCAACGGUACCAUCGAGGUCGCUGAAAAUGCCCUUAUUGUGAACGGUCAGACCAUUCAGGUUUUCUCUGAGAGGAACCCCUGUGAUAUCCCGUGGGGUAAGGCUGGUGCUGAUUACGUCUGUGAGUCCACUGGUGUCUUCACUACUGGUGAGAAGGCCUCUGGUCACAUCCAGGGUGGUGCUAAGAAGGUCGUCAUCUCCGCUCCCCCUAAGGAUGAUACCCCCAUGUUCGUGAUGGGUGUCAACAACAAGGAGUACACUUCCGACCUCAAGGUUGUGUCCAACGCCUCUUGCACUACUAACUGCUUGGCCCCUCUUGCUAAGAUCAUGAACGAUAACUUUGGUAUCGUCGAGGGUCUCAUGUCCACCAUCCACGCCACUACUUCCACUCAGUUGACCGUCGAUGGUCCUUCUAAGGGUGGUAAGGACUGGAGAGGAGGCCGUUGCGCUGCUGCCAACGUCAUUCCUUCUUCUACCGGUGCCGCUAAGGCCGUCGGUAAGGUCAUCCCCUCUCUCAACGGUAAGUUGACUGGUAUGUCCUUCCGUGUCCCCACUCCUGAUGUCUCGGUUGUCGAUCUUACCUGCCGUCUCGAGAAGGCCGCCACUUACGACGAGAUCGUUGCCGCCGUUAAGGAGGCCUCUGAGGGUGACAUGAAGGGUGUCAUGGGUAUCACUUAUGAUGAUGUCGUUUCCACUGAUAUGUGCAACGACAAGCACUCUUCCAUCUUCGAUGUUAAGGCCGGUAUCGCUCUUAACGACAAGUUCGUCAAGCUCGUCUCGUGGUACGAUAACGAGUGGGGUUACUCCAACCGUCUUGUUGACCUCGCUGUUCACAUGAGCAAGGUUGACGCUACUGCUUAA